AUUUUGGAGUGGCCUCUCAAAAGUCUAUCUCUCAAACUGGACUUGCCAUGUGACCUUGUGACUUUGUGAGCAGAAGCCAGCUACACACAGCCUGCCUACAAGCUCCUCUCCUUUUCUUCUCUACCUUCCUCAAGUCUGCUGCAGAUCUUGGAGUAUCUCACAAGACAAUCUACACAAUCUGCAGCAACGAAAUGGGGUUUUGUUUGUCACUCAUCAGCAGAUCCAUUUCCAGUUUCUGUGGUUGCACCAUUUUGCUUCUUUUUCUGCUUUCUUGCUCCUGCUUUACUUCUACAGAAGCCUAUGAUGCACUGGAUCCCAAUGGAAAUAUCACGAUCAAAUGGGAUAUUAUGAGCUGGACUCCAGAUGGCUAUGUUGCUGUUGUCACUAUGUACAAUUUCCAGCAAUAUCGUCACAUUCAAUCGCCAGGAUGGUCACUGCAAUGGACAUGGGCAAAAAAGGAGGUGAUAUGGAGCAUGUUGGGAGGCCAAACUACAGAGCAAGGGGAUUGUUCUAGAUUUAAGGGAAAUGUACCACAUUGUUGUAAAAAAGAUCCUACUGUUGUGGAUCUAUUGCCAGGAACUCCCUACAAUCAGCAGAUUGCAAAUUGCUGCAAGGGAGGUGUAGUCAGUUCAUGGGUGCAGGAUCCUGCCAAUGCAGCAAGCUCAUUCCAGGUUAGUGUAGGUUCAGCUGGUACCACCAACAAAACAGUUCGACUUCCUAAGAACUUCACCCUGAAAGCACCAGGGCCUGGCUAUACUUGUGGACCUGCGAAGAUCGUUAAACCUACUAGAUUUGUGACACAAGAUGGAAGGAGAGUCACUCAAGCUUUGAUGACAUGGAAUGUUACAUGCACAUAUUCACAAUUCCUGUCUCAGAAAACCCCCACUUGCUGUGUCUCGCUCUCAUCGUUCUACAAUGACACAAUUGUACCCUGCCCAACAUGCACCUGUGGUUGCCAGAACAACAUUACUCAGCCAGGGAGCUGUGUAGAGCAAGACUCGCCAUAUUUGGCUUCAGUUGUCUCAGGUUCUGGGAAGAAUAGCUAUACUCCUCUAGUCCAGUGUACGAAGCAUAUGUGUCCCAUUCGAGUCCAUUGGCAUGUUAAGCUUAGCUACAAGGAGUAUUGGCGAGUGAAGGUCACAAUUACGAAUUUCAAUUACAGGAUGAAUUAUACGCAGUGGAACUUAGUUGUCCAGCACCCCAACUUUGAUAAUCUGACCCAGAUUUUCAGCUUUAACUACAAGUCAUUGACACCUUAUGCAGCUAUAAAUGAUACUGCCAUGCUAUGGGGGGUUAAGUUCUACAAUGAUCUGCUCAUGCAAGCUGGCCCUCUUGGAAAUGUACAGUCAGAGCUACUCUUUCGGAAGGAUAAAUCAACUUUCACUUUUGAGAAGGGUUGGGCUUUCCCUCGAAGAAUCUAUUUCAAUGGAGAUAAUUGUGUCAUGCCUCCUCCUGAUUCCUAUCCGUGGUUGCCAAAUGCCACCUCACGGACAAGUACCUCCCUACUUACUCUAAUAAUGGUUCUCUUGUCAGCCUUGCUAUUGUUGAAUGCACAUGUUUAAAAUUCUACCAGUGGCAUAGAGUAACACUUGUCAGUCCCAAAAUUUCCAACCGAAUCAGUUGGACCCAUAAAUUAUGGCAACAAUUGAAGUACAUAUAUACGAUUUGCCAAUGACUUCCAUCUAUGUGCACGAUCAUUUGGCAAAACAUACUUUAGUUUUCAUGAAUGGGUAGGCUGAUUCCUGUGCCAGUUUUUGUUACUCCUAGCUGUUGUAUUGCAUACUUAUUAAUGUACUUAAUCAUCAUUUUUUGUGCUUUGUAAUAAAACCAAGAACCAUUUAGCAGGAAAA